AUGGCCUCGACUUCGGACACGGCCACUGCGCACACUUGGGUGCACCCCGAGUGCCGCCCUGAGAAUAUCGAGAAGCUUAUUUCGGAUGUCGACCGGUACAACCCCCAAAACCGCACGGUUCUGGUGGAAUACCUCAACGCCCAGCUGAAGAACGGGACGUACGACGCACUUCCGAACCUGGCUAUUCUGAAACUCUUCCAGCUCAACCCUAGCGAAUUUGACCUUGACGUGGCGGUGAACAUUCUCGUCAAGGCGCUGACCGCCGCGCCGUUCCCCGACUUUAGCCUGUGCAUUUCGCUCCUCGGCGAGGCGCCGGUCAAGACACUCUCGAGCAACGAUGCGGCGCUGUCCACCGGCGCGGCUGGCAUCAUUACCGAGCCUAUCAUUGUGCACCUCGCUACGCUCUCUACCUUCCUGUUCGAGACCAAGUUCCGCGACUUUUGGGCGCUCUACAACAGCGGCGACUUUGCGGACGUGCGGAAGUACACUGCGAACGCGGCGGGCUUUGAGGAAGACGUGCGCAAGGUGGUGCUGAACAGCGUCAAGGGAACGUUCCGUACCAUCUCGGAGGCUCGCAUCGGCGGCUACCUCAACCUCCAGGGCGCCGAUCUCGCCAAGUUCAUCAAUGAGCAGCCCGGCUGGGAGCUCAGCAACGGCACCGUGACCGUCCCUGCGAAUAUCGACAACGAGGUGAAGCCGACGGUGACGCGCGAGGAGAUCUCGCUUGAAAACCUGUCCAAGCUCCUGGCGCAGGCAUAA